AUGUCUUUGGCAUCAUUACCCAUUUUCACAGAUGAUGCCACACUUUGGUUUGCACAACUAGAGGCAUAUUUUUGUGCACAUAGUGUUUCUUCUGAGAAGCAGUUGCAAAUUCUUUAUAGUUGUAUGCCUCCUCAACUUGCAACUACUGCCAGAGAUCUUAUUACAGAUCCUUCUCCAGAUGCCACUUACGCGUCUGUUAAAUUAGAAGUAGAAAAAAGAAACACUAGAAGCAAGGAAAGUCGCUUCCAUGAAUUGAUGGCGGAUGAACAGUUGGGAGAUAGGACGCCUCCUGAAUUUCUGAGACGUUUAAGAGAGUUGAGCGGUAAAUCUGCAGACGCUCCUCUGCUUUGGAAAAUUUUUUUUUCAAGGUUACCCGCCUAUAUACAAACUGCUUUAGAGUCCAAUUCUGUGGACCAAAUAGCGACCAUGGCAGAUAAGAUGGUUGAAUUUGCAGUGCGACCAUCUUCACGUGCUGCUUGUGUCUGCUCGGAAACUUCUGCAAACUCAAUUGAUGGACUUUCUAAACAAAUAGAAAGUCUCACCAAAAGGAUGGACGCGAUGGCAAGCGAUUUUCAAGAUCGCGUAGUCGUGGCCGUUCACCAUCUCGUUCCACUCAGUCAAAGUCCGGACUGUGUUGGUAUCACUCCAAGUUUGGAGAGAAAGCACAUAAGUGCAUAA